AUGAGCACGGCGGAUUCGGGCAUCGCAGCUACUGGCAGUGCCACCCACGGCAACAGUGACGCCGCCGCCGGCGGCGUUGGAGGCAGCAGUGGCGGUGGUGGGAGGAGCUUCACUGCAUAUCACUUUGCGUCCUUCGCCGCGAUGGAGGUGACAGUGACAAUGGUGCCGCGUUUCACGAUGCCGCGCGUGUCGACGGCGUUUGGAGGUCGUUAUGGCCCAUUCGCCCCAAAUUACCCGGUUGAAUUGCCACUUUGGCUCGCGCUGCACAUUCGUCAAACAGACGCGUGCACGAUUAACCCACCCCCCUUUACGGCUAUACCGUACCUGCGCGAUGUGGUGGAAAGGGAGAAGGAAAAUGAGGCAACCUUUGAGGCGCUGCCAUUCUACUUCUUUGAGGUGGUGAAGAAGCUCUGCGAGCACAGCGCGGCCGCGGAGGAUGUGCCGCAUGUGGCUGAAGUUAUUCGCCUUGUGGCGGAGGUCAAGGCGAUGCGGCGGCAGAAGUUACUGAGGAGCAUGUCCGUCUUUGAGGCGGAGGGCUCCCCUGUGUACAUCCCUGGCAUCAAACUCACCAACAUUGUCAAUAACGAGCUGGAGUACCUGCGAAGGUCCUUUGCAAAAGUCCUCCAGCAGGCGGCAGAGAAGAAGCGAAGCAGAGAACAGGUCAUUGGCGUCUCUGUAGAAGGCACGACGCCGCUGCGGCCGAGCGGCGGGGCGCCUCCGACGACGGCCUCCUCAUCGAUCUCGGCGGCAAUGGACACACGGACGUCAACUCACAGUGGAUUCGGCAGUAGUUUCGCCACCGCCGCCGCUGAGAACACGCCAUCCGUCACCGCGACGCUGCAGAGUGCAGAGCGGCAGCAGCAAACGCCCAGCCAAGACCCGGCAACCACCGCCUCUUUGGCAGGGGAAACGAUGGAAACGCCGACCACUGCUGCGGAAAGCGCCAUGUCACCCCCAUUGAAGAAGCGGCGGACGCUGCGGCAGACAUAA